AUUCCCAAGUUACUACCGCUACUCUUAAAUGUUUACAGUAAGCUGCUGGGUUUUGAGAGAUGGAUGGGAUGAACAAGAAUAAGCAGUUGUUACUGAUCUUGAUGCUGUCUGUUCUGAUUACAACGGUAGCAUCAUACAAUGUUCCUGCGAUAUUUUCAUUUGGGGACUCCAUCUUCGAUGCCGGAAACAAUCGUUUCAAAAAGGACUGCACCAUUCAAGCAAAUUUUACACCUUAUGGCCAAAAUUACUUCCACCACCCUACUGGAAGGUUUACGAACGGUCGAACCGUCCCUGACUUCUUCUGCCAAUUUCUAGGAAUUGAUCUGCAAAAACCGUUUCUCCAGGCUGCAAUGGAGGUAAACAACAAUAAGAGCCAGGGUUACCCAUCGAACGGCAUCAACUUCGCCAGUGCAGGUAGUGGUGUUAUGAAUGCAACAAACGCCGACGAGGGAGUGAUGCCGAUCCACCAGCAGCUCGACCAAUUCAAACUCCUAAUGAGCCAAAACAGAAUCGAUAAGAAACUUGUUCAACAAUCACUUUUCUUAUUUGAGUCGGGUUCAAAUGACAUCUUCAAUUACUUCAUUCCUUUUGAAACUCCAACACUAGAUCCAGAUGCAUUUGUUGAUGUCAUGCUAGCAGAAGUUGGAUACUUGAUCGACCAAAUUUACCAACUCGGUGCUCGUCGGAUAGGAAUCUUUUCACUUGGACCAGUAGGUUGUGUACCAGCAAGGGCUCUUCUUCCUGGCGCACCCGUUACUAAAUGUUUUGGAAAGAUGAAUAAGAUGAUUAAGAAAUAUAACAAGGGACUUGAAACCAUUGUCAUGGGUGUGCCUCUAACGCAUCCUGGAGCUGUUGCUGUCUAUGGUGCUGUUUAUGAUGUCGUUCAGAGGUUUAGGACUAUUCCACAGCGAUACGGGUUCUCGAAUACGUCAACCGCAUGUUGUGGUGUAGGAGUUCUUAAAGGAAUGGCUCAGUGUGGGAAAGAGGAAUUUAGUGUCUGCGAAAAUCCCAACGAAUACUUGUUUUGGGAUUUCUUCCAUCCAUCUGAGCAUACAUACAAACUUCUGUCCAAAGCAUUAUGGAGUGGUAAACCAUCAAGAAUUAGACCCUUCAAUAUUCAGACUCUAGUUAAUAUGACUGUGGUAAUUCCUCCUUAA